AUGGGUGUGGAUUCUGAGGAAGCGAGACGAAGUGUAGAAAAUGGGGACGAGAAGAGAAUAAAUGAGAAAGAAGCUAUUCCAUCAGGAGAGAAGGGAGAUGCUACUGUCAAAGAGAAUGGUGUCGUGAGGACAGACGAUGCGAGUGGCGAAAAACAUACUGGCGAAUUUGGAGGAAAUGUGAAGGAACUAACCACCGAAGAUCAUGAUCCUAGUAGUCCCUCAAAGCCGACAGGAAAGGACAACACUGGUGACGAAGAAGAGGACGAGGAAGAUGAAGACGAAUCAAAAUAUCUCAGCGGAAUCAAGCUCGGAAUCCUGUCGCUUGGCCUGUGUCUCACGACGUUCGUGAUCGCACUCGACAACACCAUCAUCGCAACCGCCAUCCCCAAAAUCACCACCGUCUUCAACAGUCUCGAGGAUGUCGGUUGGUACGGCUCGUCCUACCUUCUCACGACCUGUUCCCUCCAGCCGUCCUUUGGCAAAAUAUACACAUACUUUGACGUGAAAUACACCUAUCUGUUCGCUCUCUUGCUCUUCGAAGUCGGUUCCAUCAUCUGUGCAGCAGCGAAGACUUCGCCUAUGUUUAUCAUCGGCCGCGCGGUUGCUGGUGCGGGUGCAGCAGCUCUCUUCUCGGGUGGUAUGACAAUCAUCGGGUACUCUGUGCCACUUCGGAAACGUCCCAUCUAUAUUGCUGCUCUGUCUAGUAUGUUCGGCAUUGCAUCUGUUGUCGGUCCAAUUCUUGGAGGAGCGCUCACUGACAAUGUCUCUUGGCGCUGGUGUUUCUGGAUCAACCUACCAUUCGGUGCUGUUUCAAUCGGCGUCGUUGGCUUCUUCUUCAAGAAUCCGGAACGGCAGUACAGCCACAUCCCAUUCAAACAACGGGUGAAGGAAGUCGAUAUCGUCGGUGCCGUGUUUCUCAUUUGCGCCAUUGUAUGCCUCCUGCUUGCUUUGCAGUGGGGCGGUCAGACGUAUCCAUGGAAGAACUCCAAGGUCUGGGGUACGUUGUUGGGCUUUGGACUUAUCAUUGCGGUCUUCAUUGCAAUUCAGAUCUAUCAGAAGGACCGGGCGACGAUUCCUCUCAGAGUGUUCAAGCAAAGAACUGUGUUGGUCAGCUGCGUGUUCUCCGCACUAUUGUCCAUGGGUCUAUACACGCAUAUCUUCUACCUCCCCUUCUACUUCCAAGCCUCGAAAGGCACCUCAGCCGAAGAAUCCGGCAUCCGCACCAUCGCCUACCUCGUCAGCAUAACCCUCGCUUCGAUCGUCAUCGGGGGCCUCAUCACCGCCAUCGGCUACUACUCCCCCUUCAUGUGGUUCGGCUCCGCCAUCUUCACCAUCGGCUGCGGCAUGCUGUACACCCUCCGCGUGGCGUCCCCACCCGGCCAAUGGAUCGGCUACCAGAUUCUGGCAGGCGUCGGCGCCGGCGCAUCCGUCCAGAUCCCCUUCAUCGCCGUGCAGGUCGUGACCUCCACGAAAGACAUGCCGACCGCAAACGCCUGCGUCAUGUUCUUCAAUUCCCUCGGCGGCGCCAUCGCAAUCUCCAUCGCGCAGAACAUCUUCGUCAACUCGCUGUCCCGCGAGAUCCCCAAGCACGUCCCGGGGCUCGACCCACGCAUCGUGAUCGGCGCGGGUGCGACGUAUGUGAGGAAUGUGGUGCCGGCGGAGUUGCUGGAGGGUGUGUUGGUUGCGUAUACGAAGGCGAUUACGAGUGCGUUCAUCCUGGCGAUUGCGACGGCGGGGAUGGCGUUUGCGGUUAGUCUUGGGAUGGAGUGGAAGAGCGUGAAGGGGAAGAAGAUUGUGGCUGCUGGUGCUGGGUAG